AUGUGGCUGCUGUUACUUUUUCUGCCAGUGCUGCUGGCUGCCAAGUCAUGCCCGGACUGCCAAACCAAGGGCUAUCAGAUGUUGCAGCACAAGCAGCAGAUGGUCAAGAAGGCGGAGCAGGGAAGUGCGGCGUCCACGGCAGACGCUUCCGGACGGCUCCGGUCUCUGAAGCGCUGCGCCGCUGGAAAUUGCGAUGAGGAUGAUGACGACGAUGACGACGACGAUGAUGACGACGAUGACGAGGAGGAGUCGAAGGACUCCAUUGUGAAGAAGCAUGGAUUCCUCAAAGUGCAGGGGAACAAAGUCGUAGAUGAGUCUGGCCAGGUGGUACGACUUCGCGGGAUGUCGCUGUUCUGGUCCCAAUGGAAACCGCAGUUCUGGACCGCAGGGACCACUCGCUGGCUGAAGAAGAAGUGGGGCAUCACUUUGCUGCGCUGCCCAAUGGCCGUGGAGGCAGAUGGAUAUCUCACUCAUCCAGAGGAAGAAAUGGGAAAAAUGAAGACUGUGGUGGAAGCUGCCAUCAAGCAGGGAAUCUAUGUGAUUAUUGAUUGGCACGAUCACAAUGCUGAGCAGCAUCAGGAGGAAGCUGCCGAAUUCUUUAAGCAGAUGUCUAAAGAGUUUGGACACCUGCCCAAUGUGAUUUUUGAGAUUUUCAAUGAGCCGAUUUUUCAGAGCUGGAAUGAGACCAUCAAACCCUACCAUGAGAAGAUUGUGUCAGUAAUCAGAGAAGAGAGCUCCAAUCUGAUCAUUUUGGGCACUGGCACAUGGUCGCAAGAUGUGGACAUUGCUGCUGAAGAUCCUGUUGCUGGGGAGAAUCUGGCAUACACCAUCCAUUUCUAUGCGAACACGCACAAGCAGGAGCUUCGAGAUAAGGCCGGUGGAUGGCAUAUUGGAGCGUUCGUCGCGUUCGUCUGUCGCGACUGGAGUGAUGUCACGAAGGCCUUGGAAUCGGUGGCCAUCUUUGCCACGGAGUGGGGCACCUGCGAUGCCAGUGGCGAUGGCACCCUGAACCUGGAGGAGACGAAGACGUGGUUGGACUUCUUUGAACAGCACCAGAUUUCGGAUGCCAACUGGGCCAUCAGCGACAAGCAGGCUGGGCCUUCGAUGGUUUUGAAACACAAUCUACGAACCAAGCAGGUAAGUCUAUGGGGGAUAUAUAUAUAUAAUCACAUAUAA